GGCGUCGACUGUCAAGAAUUUAAAAAUCAAAACAGAAAUUAUUGUGGAAUCAAUAAGUUCUAUAAAUUUAGUUAUUUUUAGCUGAUAGAGCAUAAGAGACCUCGAAAUGAAAAUGGCUCAUUCAAUGCAAGGAAUUUACUCACCGUUGCCUCAAUCCUUGAGCGAUUCGGACUCUGAGAAGGAAAUUAGCAUGGACCCUAUAUGCACUAGCUACAAUUCAAAAAAUACCAAUAAGUCAGAAAAUUCUUAUCGACAGAACGGGAACCGCAUAGGGCUGGAUGAGGACACAGUCAAGAUUAAACGGGGGGCCAGUAAAAUGUCCACAGCUCGAAAGCUUACAUUUAUUUGCUCUAUCAUCCUGUGCUUUUUGCCUGUGCUCAUUUUUCUGUGGGUUUUGCCUUGCUCAGAGCUAAACACUUGUCCCAUAAAAAUUUCCAAUUGGGAAUAUCAGCAAGAAGGCAUUGAACUGAAGGGGCCAAUUAAUCUCGCCAGUGGGGCAUAUAAAACGAACUACAAUCUGGUUAUUAUGUACAAAGGGAGCAUCAACAGCGAUAAAACCCUUAAACACGGCAUCAUUUCUCUCAUGGGGUUAACAGGCAAUGUAGCCUGGGACUUUGAGCAAGAUUCUGUUCCCAUUGAAAUGGACUGUAGCAUUAUAGAUGCCAAUCAGGAUGGCCAUUUAGAUUGCCUGGUGGUGGAUUUAAAAGGUCUUAAAGCCAUCGAGAGUGUUUCUGGCCAAACUCUUUGGCACGCCCAUUCACAAGAGGAAGCCAAUCGCGUCACAUCUUUGAUGCAUCCAAUAGCUAUAACCGAUCUGGAUAACGAUGGCGUUGUGGAAUUGUUAUGUGUCUUAAAUUCGAUGUACUUCCUGAUUAUAUCGGGCAGAACAGGCGUAGCCUUAGCUAACAUUCCUAUUAAACAUUGCGGAACGAUCAAGGACAUUUACAAGCCAGAGAAAAAUGCCCAUAGUUUUACAUACAGUUGUGGAAAUGCCACAGACAAACCCGUUGUGUACAAAAUAGACUUCGAUGAAUUGGCUAAGGUGUUCAGGGAUUCGAGGUACGACAUGCUCAUUGAACAGAUCGCUUUUCAACCCAGCAGCACAAUUUCGGUUGCAAAUAGAAAACUGACUGUAACAAAUGAACCAAAUUGCCCAAAGUGCCACAGUCAGCUUGCAUUGUUUGACGAAAAUGGCAAGGUAAGGAUGUAGUUGAUUCUGAUUUUGGUGUUUUCAGACAGCAUUCGGCUAAAAAAUGACGGAAAAUAAAAUUGGUGUUACGGGUAAAUGUUGAAUAUUGCCUACCUACUUUGUUCGGAAAAUGUUGUGUUCAGGAACUUAAAAAAUGGUGAUGAAUAAGUACACUCUUUUUAUGAGAAAUUUCCGGUGCUACCAAGCUAGAAAGGGACUGGUCUGGUCAAAUCCUGAUCUCUUUAAUUUGCACCUUGUGUUCGUUUUUUCCCAAUUUGAAUUUGGAAUAGUGAAUAUUUUUUUUCUCAAUUACAUUCAAUGCAAAAUUU